AUGGCGACCGCCGCCUCCGCCUCCACCUCUGGCCCCUUCCCGUUCUCCUCCUCCCGCUGCCGCCCGCCGGACGACACCCUCUUCUACGCCGUCUACCCGCUACCGCUCCCCACCGGCCUCCCGCCGGCCGACCUCCACGCCGCGCUCCGCUCCCUCCACCUCUCCCUCUCCUCCCACCUCGCCCCCUUCCUCGCCGCCCACCUCUUCCACCGCGACCCCUUCGCGCUCACCGUGCCGCCGGCCUCCUCCUCCUCCCCCUGCGCGCUCUGCGCCUCACCCCCCGUCCCGCACCUCCACGGCGCGCUCUGCUUCGGCGACUCCCUCGCCGACGAGUGGCUCGCCGUCUCCCUCCUCUUCGCGCUCACCCGCGCGUUCCCGGGCCUCGCCGCGCGCGCCUGGGACUCCGACGGGGAGUUCCUCCUCAUCGAGGCCGCCUUCGCGCUCCCGCGCUGGCUCGACCCGGACACCGCCCCCAACCGCGUCUUCAUCUUCCGCGGCGAGCUCCACAUCCUGCCGCCCUCCCUCUUCCCCGAUACUCCUUCCCUCGAGGCCGCUCUCGCUGCCGUCCAUGACGACUCCGUCGACACCCGUGCCCCCGACGCCGUCCAGGCCGCUAUACAGCGUCGCAUCGCUGGGCUGCCUGAGAAGGCAUCGGAGAACCUCCACACGGCCCGCGUAAUUGUCCCGGCGCCCGUGGCGAAGGUGCUCAAGGAGGAGCCUUGCCUGAUCGCGCGCGCCGUCGAGGGGUUCUAUGACCGGGACAUAGACACCAUGAAACACGCGGCGAGGAUGGAGAGGUUCCUGAGGGGACCUGGCGGAGAUGGCGUUGAGAUGGUGAGGACGUCGGUGCGCAUGACGCGGGCAAUGUAUGCGCAGCUCGUUCAGCAGAACUUCCAGGCACCGAGGGGUUACCCCAUGCCAAGGAGGGAGGAGGGGCCGGAGAGGUGGAUGGAAGCAGAAUUGGGGAUGAAGAUUGCCUGUGGAUUUGAGAUGAUGUAUCAGGAGAGGCGGCGCGAGGGGGAGGAAGGGAAGGGGAGCACGUGGGAGGUUUACAAGAAGAGCUUGGAGGCAACAGGGUGCUUCGAUGGUCUGCUUCCUGGGUCAAAGGAGUAUAAGAGGGUUAUGGAGGAUGCAAUGCAGUAUUACAAGAGCUCUAGUUUGUUUUCGCGGACAAGGGAGAUCCUAAGUGCGCCUGUCCGUCGUAUUGAUGAAAUCCUUGCCAUGCCAUACUCAGCUGAGGAGUUUGAAGGCAAUGAGCUUCCUCCAAGUGAUGAUGACUCUUGGUUGUAUAACGGGGAGGAUGAGUUAGCUGCAGAACUCCGUGAAAGGCAGAAGGAAAUGGAAGAGUAUGAAGCUGCAAAACAAAACAGAAAGGGUCAAAAGAAAAAUGUCCCAGGCAGUUCUAGCUCUCAGCCAAAUGAGUUUAAUCUUGGAGAGAUUACAGAGUCCAUGCAAGAGUUUGUUCGCAAAAUGUCAAGCUUUGAGGGAGCUGAAGUUCCUGCAAAUAGGAAAGACAUGGAAUCAGUGGAUCUGGAUGUCAACCAGUUCUUCAAGGCCAUGGAGUCCGUGCUAGGUCAUUCAAAAGAUGACGCUGUCAAUGAAGCCAGAUUUGAUGGAAAUUCAUCAUCAUCUGACAUGGACUUUGAAGAAGGUUCUGAUUAUGAGAGUGAUUUUGCUAAAGAAUCUGGUGAGAAGGAUGUAGAUAAUGCUUUUAUGGAAUCAUAUUCUGAUGCACUGAAUAAAGAGCUCAGUAUGACCACUAUAGAGAAAAGCUUUGCUCGUGUGCCACACCCUGAUACCAGCAAUGAGGGUCCAUCAAAUGCUGCAGAUACUGAUGGGGAGAUGAUCCCAGUUGAUGUGGACCUGAACCUUGUUGAGAGCUUUCUUAACUCUUACUCCUCACAACAGGGUCUUCCAGGCCCAGCUUCUAAUCUGCUGGGACUUAUGGGUGUAAAAGUACCUUCCGAUGCUAAAAAACCGUGAUCCUUUGAUCCUAUACGUCUAACUUCAGGAACUAUAGGAAGAAGAGAACACACAUGAUAUUUAUGGAAAAACAUAGGAGACUAUGGUCCAGAGUAGUUUCUCAACUUUGUUGUGAUACGCUAUCUUGUAUUUAUUCUCAACACUUGUUCAAACCUCAGAGGGAAAGAAAUGGGAAGUAUGGCAUGUGUGAGCUCAACCGAUGGUCUCUCAACACAACCACUAUUUGGAUAACUAAAUACUUUUGGCCCGAUAAGGAUAGUCUCAUUGGGGUUUCAAUGUUUCAUAAAGGUUUCGAUCUCAUUAAAUAUUAUGGCGUAUAGAUAAAAAUGGUGGUAUGAUAUAGAAUUU